UUUAUAGCCGCACGAUCCACACUUCAUAGAUCUGCGGCGCUUCCUCACUCCGUUCCAUUUCUUUUAGCAUCCUCAUCGUAGCUUUCUUCUUUCUUUCCUUCAUCGAAAAAAAUUCAUUCAUCUAUUCCAAAUCUCACUUCACUCCUGGCUACGAUUCAUCUUUCACUCCUCGCCGCUCGCUCUCACUGGGAACCAUCUCAACCAAGUUCCAUCGCGAUUACAGAGUAAAUUCCAUCGCAGGAACCUUUUUUUGGACAUUGGAGGUCAGCCCAUGGACUACUUGGUUCCACUGAGACUUCAUAUUUCUCUCUAAUGUUUGAAAGAUGAUAGUAUCCUUUUGGAACUCAAAUGCGAGGGGAAGAAAUUAAGGAAAAUAUAGAGAAAAUUAAGAAGCAGAAGAAAGGCGCUGGGUGGAGAGAUGAAUUAGCUGCUUAGAACCCCCAACAGAUGAAUUUUAACUGUAAUGAGGUAGCAGCACACAUCAGAAACCUCAAAUGUACUCGUGGUAUUUAAAGAAUUUGCUAUUGGACACAUUUUGAUGUUCAGGGAGGAAGAUGCAUUCUUAACUAUCGGUGCUAUUGGGAUCGGAAGACUAAAUUUACACCCAUAUCAUUGGAACAAGAUGCUCAGGGAGUUGUACCGAGUGAAACUUAUCAGCCGUUCAGAUUCCAAAGCAAGGAGCUACGAUGAACAGAUCAAUUGGUUCAAACCUGAAACUUACCUACCCCGGCCACCGCCACUCUUCAAACUUUUACUAGCCCCUUUCUGUGGUCAUGUUUAUUCAUGUUGGCUUUUUGUUCCUAUUAUGAGUGUCGUGACUCUAAGGCCCUCUGGAAUAACAAUGCUUCAAGGAAUUCUAUCUAUAAGAGUGAGCACGUGUUUUGUCAAGUGCCUUUGUACCAUAUCUUUUGGGGAUAUUUUAGUGAAACUUUUAUAUUUCUUGAAAUUAAUCUUAAUACAAAAUAUUGUUGUUACUAUAUUAUAGCUUGGUAAUUAAAUAAGGAAAAAUAAUUAAAUUCA